AUGGACUUUCGCAGUAGAAGGAUCCGAGCCUUCUACUACACGGAGGCGGCUGUGGGUCUGGGGGGGACCACUAAGGACAAGAAGAAGUCAACCACUUGGAGAGAGGCCCAGUGCUUAGAUCCGGAGAGUGUGACUCGGAGGGCCCGCUUCUCUUCGGCCCGGGGGGGUGACUUUGACCCCUCGUCCUCGGUUUGGCGUCUGAUGUCUGAGGCACAAGUCCUUGAACUCAACGUGAUGCCAGAGAACGAAAAACAGCCUGCUUUGAGACUCCUUUUUGGCUUCGGUGAAGAGAAGGAGGGUGCCUCUGAGCGACAGGUGGUGCCACCCAGCUGGAUCUUCUACGAUAGCCGCGACAGCGAGGUCGUGGCUGCGCUGCGGGAGGUUGGCAUCUUGGAAGAGCAACAAGCCUUCUGGGCGUCCAUCUUCCCACAGUCCGAGAUGCGCGCGGUUGCUGCUUGCGUACCAUGUCAACGCAAAGCCCUGGCACAUGUGCGCGCCAACGCAGCCAUGAACCACGAGAAGGCCCUGCCCAACGUGCGCGAACGCUUCGCCGAGAUGGGCUAUGGCGAGGAGCAGCUGCAGGCGGUGCUGGGAUGGAUCCAGGACUUGGCUCCGAUGUGCAUCCACGUGCACAUCGACAACGUGGGGCGCUUUCUCGAGACGGACGAGUUCUACCGGAACCAGUUCGAGACCGGAACCUCCUGUGGUGCUCUGGAUGAUGGCAAUGUGAUUCGCAAGGGCUGGGAGACGGAGCUUUUUGGGGGAACCUACGACGAGGCCAAGCCCUUCGAACGCUGCAAGUACGGCGCCCUGAGUGUGAUGAACGACUACAGGGGAGUUCUCAGCGCUUACCAAUAUGGAUCUCGCUUGGCUGUGCUGGACAAGUAUGCGCAUGUGCUGGAGGAAUACGAUGACCGUGAGCUGCGGGAGUUGGUCGAGGUGGCCCUAGCGAACACUUCGCUGUCGGACCACAGCACAGCACAGCCCAAGAUGCUGCGGGGCAUGUCCUCCGACUGCGCGGCCGAGUGGAUCACGUGCGCCCGCGGGAACGCCGCCCCUGCCGAGCUAGAGCUAUCCUCAGAAAUUGGAAAUUGA